AUGGCUAACCCAUCACACUUGCGCCCUUCAUGGCGCCAAAUAAAACAAGCUCUCUCGUCUCCUCACCCCGCAUACAUCGCAAGGGCGAAUCCCUCCACUUCGUGUCGUCGCGGCGCAUCUUUACGGCCUUUCCACACCACCCCCACCCAAUCAGCGCGGCCUCGCCAGUCACCAAGUGUCCGUCGGGCCAAUGCAAGCAGUACUCCCGCCCACCUCAGUUUACCGCAUACAACCAAAGGGGGACAACGGUUAGACCGAGACGGAUUCUGGUGGGCGAGGAUCGGAAGAGACCCGAACCCUAUGCUCGAAGACUUCGCCGCGAUUGCGCCUAUCCUCUACCAAGCGUCCUCGAAUCACGGACUGAUUCCACCAAGCGUGACUUUCAACACCUAUAAGAAUGUCAGUGAGCAGUUGAUCACGCUGGCGUAUACUGAAUACGCUGGCGCAUUUAACAUUAAGACAGUCUCAACAGAUGUUGAUGCGAUAUUCCGAAUUGCAACUUCUCUAGUGCCCCUUCCGUCGGGCCCGGCUCUGAGAGAAUGGGCAAAGAGUGCCUGCGCGAGAGGAAAGUCCCGCCGUGCCCUCGUGGAAUUGGUCAACAAAUACAUUGAAAUCGAUUCCGUUGAUAUCCACCGCAACACCGAGUGGAUCGCUCUGGUGAAGGACUUCGCUCUGAAAGACGAGUACCCUCAGGCUAUCAUGCUCUAUGCGAAAAUUCUCACCUGGCGCGGCGAGGGUGCCCAGGCUGCCGAGCUUUUGGAGGAGAAGAUCUUGCCCUAUAUCAGAGCCUCCCCUAGGCAGUCUCAAAAUCCGUUCUGCGACAUAACAUUGGGUGGCGGUAUAGAUUCGCCGUUGCGGUUAUAUGGACUUGCGAUCUCGGCAACGAAAGGGAUAGACGAGGUUUCUGAAGUGAUGGAGCGCGCCGCUUUGGAGUUCUCCGAGCCCAUCGCGUUGACGGAGCUGGCCAUCUCGCAUCUGGAGGGAAAAGACUGGGACAGAUACGAAGAGCUCAUGAGCAUGGCCGCGACAUCCGGCUACAAGCCAGCAUGCUUCUACCUGGCUAAUUACUAUCUCCGAAUGUCCAAGGGAGAAUAUCUCACCCGACAGGAGAGAGCGGAGGUUAUCAGGGGCGAACCUACUGGCUGGAUGAAAACACUCGAGCCAUUGAGAUUAUGGAUCGAUUCAAUUGUUUACAACCCCUUGGAUCGCACGGCUUACAGAAACUUGGCCAAGGAGUGGUACAUGAUCGCCCAGAUUGAGAAACCCACUGCGGCCCUCAUUCUGGCCAUGAUGGAGCGUGAAGAAGGCCACAUCACGGAGUCCCGGUCUAUGUUUGAACGAGUUUCCCGAGAUGAUUACCUGACCGAGUUGCCCGAAAAGGCCAUCAGACAGUUGGAUCAGAAUUGGGAUGACCCGGACUAUGAACCGGAAUAUCCGCUCAAGUUCAUGCCUGUCGGCUGA